GUCAGGAAAGUCAGAUUGGAAGGGCGCAAUAUUGGGGCGCAUUGCAGGAGGGGCACCAAAGGCGACAGCUUGCGCUUGCUCAGGAAGUGGGAGUUGAUGUAUAAUCAACAAGUGGAUUAAGAGCUGCUUGCUCUAAACUGCAGUGCCGCUGCUGAUAGAACGAAUCAGACCUGCAUUCAAUUGGCAGAAAUGUGUCAAUUCUGAGGGCUCCUGGGCAAAAGGUCCUCACAGAUUUCUAGUGCAGAUCACUGAUGCCGUACUUUGAGCCGCGACAGAUGAAGGAAGCGGCUAGUUGACAAUUGGUCAUCUUGAUUGAAGGUCCAACAACAGGAUGCUUGGAUUAAUCUAACCUGCUUCAAUUGGCAGAAGCAAAGAUUGGCUUCAGCUACAUUCUGAUGCAGCUCAUCAAACCGUAUCCACCUGCGCUAGCUGACAACUGGUCAUUCCCAUCAAGGCUACAACAACCGGAUGCGUGGCACGUGGGCAAACUGCUAUGAUCAGCAGAAACGAAAGAUAAGCUUCAACAACAGGGUGCUUGGGAUUGUUGAACCUGCUUUGAUCAGCAGAGCAAAGUAUUGCAUCAACCACAUUGGAAAAGCCUGAGUUCUAGCAAGGAAUGGCAGGGCUUCAAGUAGCCCCCCUGUUGCGAUCUCGGCGAAGACCGCCGCGACCUGACCUCAGCGGAGGGUCGGCGUCCGGCAGCUGGUGCUGCAAGCUAGCCAUCCUCGCAGUCUUGGCAUUCCUCGCCCUUCUCACCACGUUUGAAAGCACAAGGGCGUUCUCCACAAUGAUCAGAAGGCCAGCGGAAAGCAGCGGGGCACUGGACGCCACAAUUGGAAAGAUAGGAGCAAGCAUUGGUGAACAUGUGACGAGUCUGGAAACCACCACUGGAAAGACAGAAGCAAGCGUCAGUGAACAAGCGAUGAGCACAGAAGAGGUCCAAUCCAGCUCCAGGCAGGAAACGAGCACCUCAGAAUCAAGCUCGGGAAGUGGUUCCUGUCGCGGCAUCGAGAGCUGGGAGCUUUGGGGCCCAGCGACACUUGCUGGGGACAAGAACAAGCAGGCGUCGGCGGAGGCAUGCUGUGGUUCGUGCAGGGAGAUGUGCAAGACCAAGGGCUUGUGCCACUGCGAUUCAUGGGUAUACUGCGGAAACGAGGCAGAGUGCAAGGAGCACUUCCAAGAGUGUUGGCUGAAGAAGCAGCAGGACGAGUUGAAACCGGACAUCCGAUUGGGUGCCGGCAAAGUACCCUGGACGUCCGGCAUGAUCUACGCCACUGGCAUGGGCGUCGUCGCUUUGGAGACCGCUCAUGGCAAGAUUCGGAUACAGCUGGCACCGGACUUGGCGCCGCGGACGGUAGAUUACGUCCGCAGCGUGUUGGCGCUAAAGUUCUGCAGCGGGUGCCAGUUUUACCGGGCGGAAGGGCUGGGGGCGGGGUGGAGCAAAGACGGGAAGCGAACGGAGGCGCCACCCGGUCCCCCGUACGCCCUUCUCCAGGGGAGCCUUCAAGCGGACGGCCUUGCCUUCGAGGAGAUCCCAAUGGAGGGCGCCACGGUCGCCGUGCGUGGCACAGUGUGCCUCAUCGGGGGCGGCCCCGAGUUUUUCAUCAGCGUUGGGGACCAUGUAGAGUGGGAUACAGCGCAUACGGUCUUUGGGCACGUGAUUCCUGAGGAUAUGCCGGUAGUAGAUACGUUGGUAGCCUUGCCAACACGGAAAGAUGUGUGGGGGCAGACGGAGGUGCAAGUCUUAGAGAGUCCAGUGCAGUUUGCCCUGAAGCGGGCAGUGCCGGUCAGUUGAUGACCGGUGUGUUGUGAUUGUGGACUAUGAUCUACCUGGCUCUCUUUUUUGCGCGGAAGCUGGGCGUAUUCAGCCGGGCUUGUAUGUGGCACACCAGCAUGCCGCGGUGGUGGGUGGAACGUGAUAUGCUUG